GGGAGCGCAGCAUCAUGGCGGCGGAAGGGGGUUCGGGCCAGCAACAGCCGCAGGAGAUGAUGGAGGUUGACAGGCGAAUUGAGUCGGAAGAGUCAGGAGAUGAAGAGGGGAAGAAGCAUGGAGCUGGCUUAGUAGCAGACCUCAGUCAACAGAGUCUGAAAGAUGAACAAAAUGGAGAAAACCCAGCAGGAGAACGAGAACAGCCAGUGGACAUGGAAACCAUUAGUCUGGAUGGAGAAGCUGAGGAUGUUGAUCUAAAUCAUUACCGAAUCGGAAAGAUCGAGGGGUUUGAAGUGCUGAAGAAAGUAAAGACCCUGUGUCUCCGUCAGAACUUAAUUAAAUGUAUUGAGAACUUGGAACAGCUACAGAGCCUUCGAGAGCUGGAUCUGUACGACAACCAAAUCAAGAAGAUUGAGAACUUAGAGGCGCUGACAGAGCUGGAGAUCCUAGACAUUUCUUUUAACCUGCUGAGACACAUUGAGGGCCUUGACCAGCUCAGCCAGCUGAAAAAACUCUUCCUGGUCAACAAUAAAAUCAACAAAAUUGAAAACAUAAGUAACCUCCAACAACUCCAGAUGUUAGAACUGGGAUCCAAUCGAAUCCGGGCAAUUGAAAAUAUCGAUACACUGGCUAACCUUGACAGUUUGUUCUUGGGAAAGAACAAAAUCACCAAACUCCAGAACCUGGAUGCCUUGACCAACCUGACAGUGCUCAGUAUGCAGAGUAACCGACUUACCAAGAUCGAAGGCCUACAGAGUCUGGUGAACUUGCGUGAGUUAUACCUCAGUCACAACGGCAUAGAGGUCAUCGAGGGACUGGAGAAUAACAACAAACUCACAAUGCUGGACAUCGCAUCUAAUAGGAUCAAAAAGAUUGAAAACGUCAACCAUCUAAUAGAGCUGCAAGAAUUCUGGAUGAACGACAAUCUUAUUGAGAGCUGGAGUGACCUCGAUGAGCUCAAGGGAGCCAAGAACCUGGAAACAGUCUACCUGGAGAGAAACCCGCUGCAGAAGGACCCCCAAUACCGGCGGAAAAUCAUGCUGGCCCUUCCCACAGUCCGGCAGAUUGAUGCCACCUUCGUUCGGUUCUGAAUGCCCCUGGAUCCUCCCCACUCCGAAGCAACGUCCCAACUACGUUUUUUUUAAUAUCGCUCCUGAGGUCUUCAGUACGGCAACAGUCACCGAUCGAACGGCCGAUGAAAAAAAACAAAACACUGAAUGGUAAAAACGAAAUGUGUAUAAUGCACACAUUGUUUUUGAGAUGUUAUUAUUAUUAUUAAUAAAUCUUACAACGUGAUA